AUGCCGGUCUGUACGUAUACUGUUCGACGUGGCUCAAUCACUGGCACAAUCGUCUCGUAUGCCACUGUUGGCGAAUCGGUCUUUCAUGUUUGGCAAUGUGAAAGUGAUAUGUUUUCGAUGCUGGUACACAGUUGUUUUGUGGACGAUGGUAAUGGGCAUGAGAAGAAGCCACUGAUUGAUGAGCAUGGGUUCGUACUUUCCUCAUUUAAAUCUACUGAAGACUGA